CUCGUGAGGCUCAAUAAAGCCAACUAUCACCUCCAAGUUUCCAACUUCCUUCACGCUUUCCACGCAUUUCGCUACUUUCUUGGAUCUUGACCUAUUAAUAAUUUCCCUGAGCUCACUCCCAUCAACUAGUUUUGGGGCUCAAGCAUCUGGAGGCACCAUUGUUGUAGGAUCUGCUUUCGUUAUAUCUGACCCACCAUUAUCAUCUGGGGUCAUACGUUCUUAGCAGUGAGGAAACAGAAUGGAUUCUGCAUGUGUGGCCUUCAAAGUCAGCUCUCCUGUUCUAGGAGGGCGCCAAGGUGGCUUCAACAAUGUAGACAAUGGAUUUUGGGGGGAGAGGAUCAGAGGGAGUCUGAGCAACAGUGUUUGGGUUAAUCAGGUUGCUAAGAACUUGAGAACUGAUUCAGGAGAAAAGAAGAACAAAUCCGGGAUGAUUUCUGCUAUUCUUACUUCAAGCAAUACCAGAGAGGCGGUGAAGGUGCAACCACCGUGGUUGGAGAGACGGAAAGUGAACCCGAAAAAUGUAGCCUCCAUUAUAUUGGGAGGAGGUGCAGGAACUCAUCUCUAUCCACUUACCAGAAGAGCAGCAACACCUGCUGUUCCUGUUGGAGGAUGCUAUAGGCUGAUAGACAUUCCGAUGAGCAACUGCAUCAACAGUGGCAUAAACAAGAUUUUUGUUUUGACCCAGUUUAACUCAGCUUCUCUCAAUAGGCACCUUGCACGGACGUAUUUUGGAAAUGGUAUCAAUUAUGGUGAUGGAUUUGUUGAGGUUUUGGCAGCUACUCAAACAUCAGGGGAAGCUGGGAAGAAGUGGUUCCAAGGAACAGCAGAUGCUGUGAGGCAAUUUAUAUGGGUAUUUGAGGAUGCUAAGAACAGGAACAUUGAAAAUGUAUUGAUCUUGUGCGGGGAUCAUCUCUAUCGAAUGGAUUAUAUGGACUUCAUUCAGAGUCAUGUUGACAGGGAUGCUGAUAUCACAAUUUCAUGCAGGCCAGUUGGCGAGAGCCGGGCAUCUGAUUACGGAUUGGUGAAGAUGGAUAACAGAGGCCAAAUUAUCCAGUUUGCUGAAAAGCCAAAGGGAGCUGAUCUGAAAGCAAUGCAAGUGGAUACCACUCUUCUAGGCUUGUCUCAUGAAGAAGCCUUGAAUUCCCCUUAUAUUGCAUCAAUGGGAAUCUAUGUAUUUAAGACAGAUGUUCUGUUAAAGCUCUUGAGAUGGACAUAUCCUUCUUCAAAUGACUUUGGAUCUGAGAUUAUUCCCUCUGCAGUGAUGGGGCACAAUGUCCAGGCGUAUGUUUUCAGAGACUAUUGGGAGGAUAUUGGAACGAUAAAGACCUUUUAUGAAGCUAACUUGGCCCUCACUGAGGAGCCGCCCAAGUUUGAGUUUUAUGAUCCAAAGACACCUUUCUAUACAUCUCCUCGGUUCUUACCACCAACCAAAAUUGACAACUGUCGGAUGGUAGAUGCAAUAAUCUCGCAUGGCUGCUUCCUGCGAGAAUGCAGUGUCCGACACUCAAUAGUAGGUGAACGCUCACGUUUAGAUUAUGGAGUCGAGCUUCAGGAUACUGUAAUGCUGGGAGCAGACUACUACCAAACUGAAUCUGAAAUUGCAUCCCUCCUGGCAGAGGGCAAGGUCCCAAUUGGAAUUGGACGCAAUACCAAAAUCAGGAUGUUCUAGAGGCGGAUAGGCCUGAGCAAGGAUUCUAUAUCCGAUCUGGAAUUACUGUUAUCCUGGAGAAGGCAACAAUAGAGGAUGGCACUAUUAUAUAAACCAAUCUCCAAAUAUCACCACAGGUAUCGAAAUGGAGAUCUCCGAGGUUAGUAAAGCAGUAACUAGCCACUCGAGAAUCCACGCUAAGAUACAGCUUAAUUACGCAGCAUUUUGUGCCAGAGAAACAAGCUGCACUACCAUCCCUCCAUGUAAAUUAGAAGUUUCUUCUGUUUUGCACUUGUAGAGUAGGAACCCAGCAUCAGUAGAAGCUAGAAGUUUCCAAAUAAAACUGAGAGCUUAUGUAUUUGCUGCUCCAUAUUAAAAGAAUAGGCUGCUAAUGCUUGGAUAUGAAAUUUUAAGUCCAUGUAUAAUAUAAUAGAAAAUUGAAG